AUGGAGAUCACCUUUCGCCAUGCCCAGCACAACGUCAUCAUCAAACUCGCCAAGCUGAGCAGGACUGCCGUUCGGAGUAAUCUUGAGGCGCUGCUGAUUGCGCUCGCCUCUGCCGCGCCACGCCUGGGCCAGCCGCCACCAGCCGCUGUUACUCCUCAUCACGCCGGCGCGUCUGGCUCAAGCGUCGCGCCCGCGCUUGCCAUUGCCGGCACGCCAGCAAGCUCGUCAUCGGCACCCUCUAUCGAGUCGCUGGUGGCCAAGGUCGAGUCGGCCGAGUCGGUCCGUAACGAGCUCGCCCUCGCCCUCCAGCUUGCCAGCGAGCGGAACCACGAGCUGGAGCGUAAGAUUGAGGAGGCCAAUGCGCUCCUUGCCUCACACGGGCUGGAGACCAUCUCGCUAGGCGCUGUGCUUGGAGCCGCGUCGGGUGGUGCUGGUGUAGGCGGCCUCUCGUCGAGUCCCAAGCGCAAGCGACCUGUGGUGGCUUCGACGUUCGCAGGGCGAACCAAGAAGAAACGCGGGCUCAACCUCAAGCGCAAGAAGAAGUGA